GCCAUAAUACUUUUUCUUUCUAAUAGCGAAUGAGGUAUUUCUAGGUUUCUCAACUGUUCUCAACAUAAUUCGGGGAAUACCGUUACUUUCGUUUCAUAUACGUACUACGCAGUUCGCUGUGCACGAGAGCUUCAAGAACAUUUCGAGGGUGAACUUUCCUCUGUGAAGAUUCGAAAUCGUCGGGAUUUUUAACGACGUAGUUGGAAAAUCGUUAAUUAUCGUUACUCAUUCCGCAUCAUCGUUAUUCGCCGUCGCUUCGGAGCAAGCAAGUGCUUUGGACACACAGCAUAUUUUGAGAGAUAUCGAAGUAGGACAAGAUGCCGAGAAAAGGAAAAAAGAAGAAGCCGACAGCUGAAUCAGCUUCAGGAGAUGAGCCACAGCAACAGGAAGCACAAGUAUCAACUUCAGUAGAAGCAUCAUCUAGUUCUCCAUCAAAGCAGGCAAAAUCUACAUCGCCUCAGCAGAUAGUACCAGGUUUAUCGCAACAGCAGCAGCAACAAUCACCACCAGCAUGGCCACGACAACAGGCACCACCACCACAGCAGCAGCAGCAACAACCAUCAGCAUGGCCACGACAACAGGCACCACCACCACUGCAGCAGCAGCAACAAUCACCUGCAUGGCCACGACAACAGGCACCACAGCAGCAGCAGCAGCAACAACCACCAGCACAGCCAUGGCAACAGGCACCAUCACAGCAGCAACAGCAACAACCACCUACAUGGCCACGGCAACGGGCAUCACCACCACAACAGCAGCAGCAGCAGCAGCAACAACCACCACCAUCAGCAUGGUCACGACAACAGAUACCACCACAGCAGCAGCAGCAACAACCACCAGCACAGCCAUGGCAACAGCCACCACCACAGCAGCAGCAGCAACAACCACCACUAGCAUGGUCACGGCAACAGGCACCACCACAGCAGCAGCAGCAACAACAACCGUUAGCAUGGCCACAACAACAGGCACCACCACCACAGCAGCAGCAACUACCACCAACAUGGCCACGACAACAGGCACCAUCACAGCAGCAACAGCAACAAUCACCUGCAUGGCCACGACAACAGGCACCACCACAACAGCAACCAGUAUGGUCACAACAACAGACACCACCACUAGCAUGGCCACAACAACAGCGACCAACAUGGUCACAGCAACAGGCACCACCCCCACAGCAGCAACCAGCACGGUCACAACAACAGGCACCACAAAGUCAACAACAACAGCAGAAAAUUGGUGCUGCUGGCGAUCGUCAACAAGUUCCUGCUAAGCACCAACCGCAGCCAUCAACAAGUGCUUCAUCUCUUAAUGUAUCUUCACUUGGUUUGACUGAUCCAUUCCACUCGGAAAAGAUAGAGAAAGGAAAAAUGACAUCAGCUCAAAUAGCUUCGUAUCAACAGAUGAUACCAAAAAGACGAAAUCCUAUGCAAGCUGGAACAGUAGGGCACAGAAUUAAAGUGUACACAAAUAUGUUCGAAAUUAUAUUCGACAAGAACUUUGUAACCAACGCAGUUCAUUAUGACGUUACUAUUCAGCCUUUUAAAUCUGCUAAAGAUGAAAAAGAAAAAAAAGAUGUCAAAGUACCGAAACUUCCCAAAGCUCUAUGUAGAAGUAUUUUUGACCAAUGUAGAAAUCAACAUUUUAAUACCAGAUAUCCAGCAUAUGAUGGGAAUAAAAAUGCAUAUAGUGCAAAUGAUCUUCCUUUUUCCGAUAAUAUACAAGAUGUUUUCUCGUAUACAAAUGACUUUGGAAGAGAAAAACAAUAUCAAAUUACUAUAAGGAAGGUAGCUAAUGUUGACCUUAGCUGGAUAAAAAAUUUAAGACCCGGUCUUCCAGGAUAUAAAGAUCAAACCGCAAUGCAAGUUUUGGAUAUCAUUAUGCGUCAUGCACCGGAAUCACGGUUCAUUAAUGAGAUGCUAAAUCUAGCAUUGAAUUUCUUCGAGCGAGAGUCGAACGGCCCGUGGUCGCGCACGGAACGAAAAGUUGGAAGAUCACUCUUCUGGAACAUAAAUGAAAAUGAACCACUGGGUGGUGGUUUAGCAUUAGCGCGUGGCGGAUUUAUGUCCGGUGUACUUGGCUGGCAACCAUAUCUAAAUGUAGAUGUUUCUCAUAAAGGAUUUACCAUGCGUCAAAGAGUUCUGGAAUAUAUAGCUGAAGUUGUAACUGCAUCUCGAGGAGGAAGAAAUCCAUUCAGGGAACAAGAUCUCACUUACAACGACAUAAGCAGGAAUAAGACUAAAAUAGAAAGUUUUUUAAGAGGUUUAAAAGUUUCUUGCGAGUUACCUAAUUCACCGAAUUCGAGGCGAACGCAUCGCGUAGUUGCGCUGUGCACCGAUGCUACUUGUGACAGCCACACAUUUGAGUCAAACGGGGUUCAAUUCACAAUAACUCGAUACUUUUUGCAACAGAAAGGAUAUAAGAUACGUAGACCUGAUUUGCCUACUCUUCAUGUGGGCCCAAGUACCAGCGGAAGCAAAGUUUUGCUGCCUCUCGAAUUGUGCACGAUUGUGCCUAGUCAACCUGUUAAUAAAAAGCUGGAUGAAAUACAAACCUCAAACAUGAUCAAAAAAGCAGCAACAGAUGCAAAUACACGUAAAAGCAGAAUAGAACAAGCGUUCCAGACAAUUAAUGUGAACAAUAGUCCCGUCAUGCAAAGAGAAUUUCAUCUGUCUAUCAAGGCACAAAUGCGAGUGACAGAUGCCAGAAUUUUACCUGCUCCAGAAUUGAGAUAUGGAACAGGAACAACGGCCGUCGCUAAAGGAGUUUGGCGCCCCCAACCAUUCAAUCAGGCCAAAAAUUUAGAACCCAAAUCGUGGACUAUUCUUGAUAUAAGUGGAAAAGAAAGAAUUGAUGAUUAUAUACACGAAUUUGUGAAUUCGUUACAGAGCAAUGCAAGACAAGUUGGUAUGAUGAUUGGUGCACCCAUGACACCAUUUAAACAUUUUCGUCCACAGGACCCUUUGCCAGAUAUCAAAAGUUGGUUCAAUGAUAAGAAAACAUUAAAAUUAAUAAUAGUUAUUAUACCAAGUCGUACAGACGUAACAUAUGGCAAUGUGAAAUACAUUACCGAGAUGGAAGUAGGCGUUUUGACACAAUGUGUAAAGAUUGGAACUGUGGAAAGAACGAAUCCUUCGACAGCAAAGAAUAUUUUGCUAAAAAUAAACUCAAAACUGAAUGGUAUCAAUCAUGUAUUGAGUACAAUUCCAUCAUGUCUGAAUAUUCCUUGCAUGCUUGUUGGUGCCGACGUGACUCAUCCGUCUCCCGAUUCUAAAGAUAUACCAUCUAUUGCAGCAGUUGCUGCAAGUAGAAAUGCUCAAGCUUUCCAGUAUAAUGUUGCGCUGCGACUUCAACAACCCAAAGAAGAAAUGAUUUUAGAUCUCGAGGAAAUAAUACUAAAUCAACUUUGCAUCUAUCGAAGAGAAACAGGAUCUGAUCCAAAGAGAAUCAUUUAUUAUCGAGACGGAGUGAGCGAGGGGCAACUUCCACAAGUCAUGUAUUAUGAAAUAAAUGCUAUUAAAAAAGCGAUUAAGAGAUUUAAAAAAGAUCAAAGUAACAUUGAAGUUACCUGCUUGGUCGUGCAGAAAAGACAUCAUGUGCGUCUCUUUCCAGUAGAUAGAAAAGAUUCAGAUGACAGAAAUUGUAAUGUAAAAGCAGGCACAAUUGUAGAUACAGAAAUUACCCAUCCAGAUCACAUUGACUUUUAUCUCGUAUCACAUGCAAGUAUUCAGGGUACCGCAAGACCUACCAAAUACAGAUGUAUAUGCAACGAGUCUAACUUUACUGAAGAUCAGCUUGAGCAAUUGACCUAUUAUCUUUGCCAUAUGUAUGCUCGCUGUACAAGAUCUGUAAGCUAUCCGGCCCCAACUUAUUAUGCUCAUUUAGCAGCUUUUCGCGGAAGAGCCUUGACACAAAGAAUGAAAUUUAAUUUAAAUGAAUUGGGACAGCAACAGAGAAAUUUUAGAGAAAUGAAGAUGACACAAUCACCGAUGUAUUUUGUUUAAGAGUAGUUAUUUACAAUUUCAAAGAUUUUCAAAUUUAUAAUUGAUACAGUAUGUAUGUCGAGAUCCUAUUUUAUUUAAGGAUGGAUAUUCAUGAUUUCAAAAAUUUGCAAGAAUCGCAUUAUAGUAAAGACAGUACGAGAAUCGGUUUUAUUUUCCUUUAAUUGUGAAUAGAUUCUAUUAAUAUAUAAAUCUAGAUAUUUCUGCAAUUAAUAACAAUACAAUUGAUGUUUUUUUUUUUUUUUUUUAUAAUGUGGAUUAUACUUGAACUAUAUAACGAUUUAAAAUAUGAUGUAACUAGAAAAAAAGACAAACUAUGUUAAAAUAUAUUUUUAACUUUGUCGUAAAAAUUAAAAAAAAAAA